UUGUGCAAUUUUGUAGGUGAAGCCAGCCAAGUAAUUUCUUCCAAUAAACUAACAUAAGGCAAAAGAAAGAGUAUGGCCAAGCCAUCCAAUGGUGAAGCAGCCACCCAAGGGUGAUGCUCACAAGUCUAGUGCUUCGUUGGCUAGCAAACAAAUCAAAGUUAAGGCAUCCAUGCCUCACGAAGCUAAAAUGCCCAAGGAAAAUGAAGAGAAGACAAGUGUGUGCAUUGAUGAGCUUUCCUUGCAUAGCCAAUAUAAACUUUCCAUCAUUGUUGACCUCACUAAGAAUCAUCAUACUUGGCUCUUGCUUGCUUUGCGAGAUGUUGAGGAUGAUAAGGCUAGGAUUCAAGUAACUGCCAGCAAAGAUGAAGGUAAGAAGGCUGCUAAAGAGGCUAACUCAAAGUCCAGCGAAGACAGUAAUGUGAAAUCCACCAAGAGUGAUGAAGCAUCAAGAGGUAACCAUAAGUCAAACCAUGAGAGUAAUGAUGAAGAUGAUGGCAUAAUAAGCUAUGCUAAAGAAAGGCGUGCCAUAGACAAGUCUUCCUUUGUUCUAGCCAAGUUGAGUGAUAUAGACAACAUGCGCAGCAAGGCUAAGAAAGUAAUGAUUGAAAAUGCCUUCAUAAAUCUUUGUGUAGCUAUGAGGCACAUAGAAGUAACUUCCUUUGUUGAGAUGGAUGAGGAAUUCUUUCAUUUGUGUAAGGAUACCAAAGAUGAUGCCAAGAACAUAAACUUUGAAGUUGGAGCCACUUGGGCUUGUGAAGGCAAACCUAAUGAAGGUAAGUUUGACAUGGCUAAGAGUGGCAUGGUUAGCAACUGGGAUGAGCAGAUUGACAAGUAGGCGAAGCGUGUUGAAAAAUGUGCAGAAAUCCUUGGCUGAUACACAAGAGCUGAUACUUAAGUUGGAGGCAACAUUGGAAUAAGUUGAGGCACAUUUG